GAAGAGGGAGGGGCCGCUCUAGGAGUCGGAUAGCCGGAAGGGAAAGGAUUUGCAACCUCCGUCUCUAUAGUAAUGGAGGGCUAGACCUGUCUAUACCAAGAAAAGCCGGCUCUUCUGGAGGAGGAUGUCCUUACUCUCCAACGUCCACCUGGGGCUGCCUCUCCCGGACCCUCCUCCUCACUGCCUGGCCCUCGUCUCUGGCUCCUACCGCUACUACCACUAUGGCUGUGACGGCGUGGACGACCGUGGUUGGGGCUGCGGUUACCGCACCCUCCAGACUGUGUGCUCUUGGCUGCCGCCGGGCGUCGAUGAAACCCUUCCCCGCUCGGUCCCUUCCCUGCAGGAGAUCCAAAGCGCUUUGGUGGAAAUAGGGGACAAGCCCGCCUCCUUCGCUGGCUCCCGGGACUGGAUCGGCACCGUUGAAGCGGCCUUGUGCCUGGACCACUUUUACAGCGUGCCGGGCAAGCUGGUCCACGUCCCCCACGGGCGGGACCUGGAGAGGCAGCUGGAGGCUCUGCAGGCCCAUUUCCAGGGAGGCGGGGGCCCCGUCAUGAUGGGGGGAGACAAGGACAACUCUUCCAAGGGGCUGCUGGGUGUCUGCUCCAGCCCAGGAGGGCGCCACCACCUCCUGGUCCUCGACCCUCACCACUAUGGCCGGGCAGGGUCUCUUACGAGGGAGGAGCUGCAGGCAAAGGGAUGGGUCUGUUGGAGGGAGCUUGGCCUAUUUGAAGCGGGCUCCUUUUACAACCUCUGCUUCCCCCAAUUCAGGGCAAAAGGAUGUCCUGUAUGAUUUGAGCAAGGAGGUGCCAUGCUCAAAACGGAGAGCUGCAGGGGUGUCUCCUGUCAUUUGCUAAUAGUCCCUUGGGUGGGAGCCAAAAGCAAGUCACGCGCUUGGCACUGACCGGGUAUCGUAAGUGUGGAAGACGGGAGGACACAGUGGAACCAUGAAUCCGUGGAGAGUUGGCACAGUGCCCACGUUCAACCCCAACAAGCUCUUAGUCUCAAGGACUGGACUUUCAUGGAAAAUCAAGCUCUCGGUGGCUAUUACUCAGGAUGGCUCCACUCCAGCUCCACAGUCGGAGGCAGCAAUGAGAGAGUGGCUCUUCCGCUUGGAUCCUACUUGCAGAUCUCCCACUUGGGCAUCUGGCCGGCCACUGUGAGUACCAGGUAGCUUGGCAAGAUGGACUCCUGGCCUGGUCUAACAGGCUUGUCUGACUGGGGUAACUGUGCCCCUGAAGGACCAGGUGCGCAGCCUGGGAGUCGUUUUGGACUCACUGCUGUCCAUGGAGGCGCAGGCCAAUUCUCUUAGUGUUUUUAAGUGUCUGGUAUAACAUCCACCUGAACACAGCAGAGUUUGCGCAGGUUUUCCGGAAGCUUCUGGCGGUAGCGUAAUGACUAGACUUCUGGACGCAGAAUAACUAUAUACAGUAUUUAUUGGACAAUCAGUAUCCAGGAGUUACUAUGUACAAACUUCAGAACACAAAAGAAAUAAAACAAAAUCCUUUCCUCUCUGUCUCUGUCUCUCUCACAACCACCCGUUACAAAAACCACAGUCUUUUUCUUCUCUGUUCCAACAUCACACAAUCCUUAUCUUUUAGGAACUUGUUAUUCAAUCAGAGAGCAGUUGCUAAAGGUCCUGUUACCAUGCUGAGAGAGAGCAGAUAUUGGCUUUCUGCCUAGAGUUAAUUGUCUGAAGAGAGAAGCUGAUCUUUUGCACGUAUGCACUUUGCAAAAACCCAAACAAAUUCUGUGUCCAGGGCAGUUGUCUAGCCGCUCCAUCUGGUACGCAGGAUGAGACCCUCCCUGCCCGCAGACUGUCUCGCCAGAGUGGUGCAUGCUCUGGUUAUCUCCCGCUUGGACUACUGCCAUGCGCUCUACGUGGGGCUACCUUUGAAGGUGACCCGGAAACUACAACUAAUCCAGAAUGCGGCAGCUAGACUGGUGACUGGGAGCGGCCGCCGAGACCACAUAACACCGGUCCUGAAAGAUCUUCAUUGGCUCCCAGGACGUUUCCGAGCACAAUUCAAAGUGUUGGUGCUGACCUUGAAAGCCCUAAACGGCCUCGGUCCAGUAGAUCUGAAGGAGCGUCUCCACCUCCAUCAUUCUGCCCAGACAAUGAGGUCCAGCUCCGAGGGCCUUCUGGCGCUUCCCUCCCUACGAGAAGCCAAGUUGCAGGGAACCAGGCAGAGGGCCUUCUCGGUGGUGGUGCCCGCCCUGUGGAACGCCCUCUCAUCAAGGAAAUAAACAGCUAUCUGACUUUUAGAAGACAUCUGAAGGCAGCCCUGUUUAGGGAAGUUUUUAAUGUCUGAUGUUUUAUUGUGUUUUUAAUAUCCUGUUGGAAGCUGCCCAGGGUGGAGAAACCCAGCCAGAUGGGUGGGGUAUAAAUAAAUUAUUCUUAUUUUAUGUUGGUGGUGAUGUUUGGAUAGCACACCCAACGUGGUACUUGCCAGGAUUAUGUCUCCCAUCAACCUCAGGCAGCACCCUGGGGUGCCCUCCCGAUGCUUUUGACCCCAGCUGCCUUGGUUCCAUCCAAGCAGACUUGGGGAUACAUGAAGAAAGUAUCACAUCCCAUGGCCGCCUUCCAUGAUGGUCAACUCAAUUCACAUGCAUCCUUUGGGGGUGAAGUGGGUUUUGAGUCACCAACUGCUGCCUGGGUUUGCCUCUGCUCAUUCGUACUAGGUAAUUGAGACAAGGGGCAGCGCCAGCCGAACAGGGAGAGGAGGAAGGGUACCACGCUUGGCAACCGUGCCCAGGGCAGAGAGGCAGGCAGGUGAGAAAGAAAGAAAACCGGAUUCACCUGAGUCUCGCUGACGUGAUGUCGCCGUUGAUCUCUCCUGUUCCCCUGUUUACUUGAGCUCUAUUUGUCCUCGUAAAUCUCAAUAAAUGUUUAAGGUGGCUGCCAAGGUGGGGUGACUGGCUUCACAGAAUCGCGGUUGGCCUCUUUAAUUUUCUCCUGCCGAUAGGGAACCCACUUAAGGACUCAAUACGGGCUUGUGGAGACCCCAUAAGGGAAAAAGGAGCAGUUUCCCCCUUCUUAUAACAAUGCUUUCAGGGUGGUCUUUGGUUAAGAGGUUGGGCAAUGUCCAAAAGUAUUUAAAGGGACACUUUUUGUUGGGGGGUCUCUCUCACCUCCUUGCAAGGAGGGGAGGGGACUCUACUGCAACAGGAAAAUAAAGAUCUGCCUUGCUUUCCACUGGUUCCUGCCUCCGUCCAUUCUUCUCUGAGCGAUCACAGACCGAGGGGACUCAGAAUCCCUUGGGGAGUUGGGUUGGCAGCAAAAGACCACCCUCAAUUUUUCCACAACAGUUGCAACUACAUAGGCAUAAUUUUAUUAAUUACAAAAAAUGUAAGUAUUUAGUACAAUUUGAAGCAAGUAAUUAAGUAUAAUGUGAUGUUUUGACGCAACACAUAAUAUGAGUGGCGUUUUAUUGUUUAUGUUUACUUGUUUAGUACACUGUUUGCUUAAUUGUUCCAUAUAAUUUUUUCAAAACCUUUGGUUUUUCAUGUAAAUUAUCAACAUGUUUUUAUCUUAA